CCCACUCAUUCAUUCCCACACAUGGAACCAUGGUUCACUCUCACUAUUCUCUGUCUUUUCCUUUCAGCAAUUCUCAAAAUCAUACGUAACAUUCUCUUUCACCGUUGUCCCCUCCCUCCGGGUCCUCACAAAUGCAACUUCACAUUGCUAAGACAAUACCUCACCGAUCCAAAAACCAUUCUCCAAAACCUUAAUGCAAAAUACGGUCCAAUCUUCACUCUCCACGUUGGUUAUUCUCACACAAACAUUUUCAUUGCGAAUCGCUUCCUUGCGCACCAAGCUUUGAUCCAACAUGGCACUGUCUUCGCUGAUCGCCCCAAAGCCAACCCCACCAACAAGGUUCUUAGUAGCAACCAACAUGACAUUCUCUUCAACUUCUAUGGCCGCACGUGGCGCCUCCUCAGACGCAACCUCACUUCAAGAAUUCUUCACCCUUCACAUGUCAAGUCCCAUGCACAUGCACGUAAAAGGGUCUUGGACAUGCUCUUACAAUGUCUCAAAUCUGAUUUAAACUCUAGUGGCCCCAUAAGGGUCAUUGAGCACUUUCAAUAUGGCAUGUUCAGUUUGCUGGUUUUGAUGUGUUUCGGUGACAAACUCGGUGAGAAGGAAAUAAGGGAAAUUGAGGAGAGUCAACGUGGCAUGCUUGUGAGCUUUGCUAGGUAUAGUGUGUUGAACUUUUGGCCACCUGUCACUAGGGCUUUGUUCUGGAAGAGAUGGAAAGAGUUCUUAAAGCUAAGGAGAGACCAAGAAGCUUUGUUGAUUCCUCACAUCAACGCUCGAAGGAAGGCCAAGGAAGAGAGAAGUGAAUCUGUUUUGUCGUAUGUUGAUACUUUGUUGGAUUUGCAAGUGUUGGAUGAUGGCAAAAUUUGCAGCUUAUGUUCGGAGUUUCUGAAUGCUGGAUCAGAUACAACUUCAACUGCAUUGGAGUGGAUCAUGGCGAAUUUGGUGAAAUAUCAUGAUAUUCAAGAAAGGGUUGUGGAGGAAAUUAGAGGGGUAAUGGUUGGAAGAGAGGGUGAGGAAGUGAAGGAGGAGGAUUUGCAUAAAUUGCCUUAUCUUAAGGCUGUGAUAUUGGAAGGAUUGAGGCGUCACCCUCCUUUGCAUUUUGUGGCUCCUCAUAGUGUAACAAAGGAUGUUGUUUUAAAUGGCUAUUUGGUGCCUAAAUAUGCAUCUGUGAAUUUCUUGGUGGCUGAGAUAGGGAGGGACCCUACAGCUUGGGAGGACCCUAUGGCCUUUAAGCCAGAGAGGUUCAUGAACAAUGGUGACACAACGUUUGACAUAAUGGGAAGGAAAGAGAUCCACAUGAUGCCAUUUGGGGCAGGGAGGAGAAUGUGUCCUGGCUAUGAUUUGGCAAUGAUGCACUUAGAGUACUUUGUGGCCAAUUUUGUUUGGAAUUUUGAGUGGAAGGCUGUGGAUGGAGACGAAGUUGAUCUGUCAGAGAAGCUGCAAUUCACAAUCGUGAUGAAGAAUCCUUUGAAGGUUCAUAUAUUACCUAGGCAAUAGUUAAAACAAAAUUCUACUCUUUUAAGGUGUAAAUUUCCAAAUAUUUCAUGUUUUUAUCUUGCUUUUCUAAUAUAAUGCUGACUUAGAUUUUUUU